AAUGGAAGUCAGUUCAUCAGCUAACUCCGAAACCCCUUCGUCGCCUAUGGAUAUUCUAAUUAUCAACGAACAGUCAAAAUCACCACCUAUUAGUACCAGGAACGCCCCUGUCUGCCCGCGCCCUGAUUCUCCUUCACAGGGGUCGUCCCCACUCCCUGGUGGAUCUAGCAUUGCGGACGAGGUUAUUGCGCACGUUAAGGCACAGGUACACGAAAUUGUUGGUAACCGCUACACCAACCGUAAUUUCGCCCGUCCUCCCUCCAACGCAGCCAAUAAUCCCUGGUACUCCGCCUCUAACGUCCAAAGAUCCUUCAAACGAAACCUGGCCAGUACAUUCCGCCGCCGUAUCACCAAUCCAGAGGAAGCUAGGUGCACGGCCUCUACAGAAGAAAUGUUCAAUUUCUUCUCGGAAUCGGUCGCGACACUUCCGGCGGAUUUCCAAUGGAGCCCUGAUCGCGAAUUUCUCCCUAUUCCUGCGCCCCCGCCAGACCAGGAAGAACUUAACCUUGCACAGGAACCCUCCCCCAUUUCGCCGGUAUGUUUUGAUAGAGAAAGUAGCGAAGUGGAUAGAAUUGAGGAGAAUGAUCCCAAUCACCCUCUCCUCCGCCCCCCUCGCGUAAUGAAAUUUGUAGGCCAACUUAAAAGGACGAGCAACACCCCUCCCGGUCUGGAUCGCAUCACAUACAAGGACCUUAAAAAGUUUGAUCCGCAUGCCAUCCUAUUGCAUGCCUUUUAUCACCUUUUCUGGAAAAAUUUGGUAGUGUACCGGAUUGCCUUAAGUCCUUUCGGAUCACUUUGCAGUGUUAAUGCCUCCAAGGACAGAGAAGGGUUUAAGAUCGCCGUCCAGGCGGAUGUCUAA